AUGUUUAAGUAGGCACAUUCCACUAAUUUACUAAUAGAGAUGGUCGAGCGAGUCGAUGAUGACAAAUUCCUGGAUCGCAAACUGGAGUAGGAGUGCGAUAGUCUCAACGAGAAAAUAGAUACAAGAAGUCUAAUUUUGAAGGCAAUUGAUAUCUUUGGGAAACAGAAAGUUAGUUAAGAUGCACGGAUAAUAGAGAUCACUGGAGAGAAACAGCCUCAAUCCAUUCCAAAUAUUGUCAAGAAUCAAAAGUAUAGCAUCAUCACCUUCAUCCCUAUUGUGCUGUUUGAUCAAUUUAGGUACUUCUUUAAUUUGUUUUUCCUCCUAAUCACUCUAUCUCAAUUCAUAGAGCCCUUGAAAGUGGGAUUCCUAUUUUCUUAUGUGGCUCCACUUGUGUUUGUCCUCACUCUCACUCUAAUCAAAGAGGCCUACGAUGAUUUCAAACGAUUUCUAAGAGACAGGGAAGCUAAUUCGUAAUUGUAUAGUAAGAUCUUAUAGAAUGAUGUGGUUUCAAUUAAAUCAUCCUAAUUACGAGUUGGAGAUGUAAUAGAAGUGCAUGCAAAUCAAAGAGUGCCAGCGGAUUGUGUGUUGUUGAGGACUUCAGAAAAGACAGGGACAGUGUUCAUAAGGACUGAUCAAUUGGAUGGAGAGACAGAUUGGAAAUUGAGGAGUGCAUUAAAAUUAACUUAAUUGGGAUAGUUUUUUGGCAGCACUUUGAUAGUGGAGGCUCCUAAAUUGGAUAUCUACGAUUUUAAAGGUAGGAUUAAGAUAGAGGAGGACAAGGAGUCUGUAUCAAUUGAUAAUACUUUAUGGGCAAAUACAUAUGUGGCAGCUGGGAAAGUGACAUGUGUUGUCAUCUAUACAGGUAGGGAGUGCAGAUCAUCGAUGAAUUAAAGAAAGAGCAGAUUUAAGAUGGGCAGAUUGGAUAAGGAAUUAAACUUUUUGUCUAAAGUAUUGUUUGGUUUCAUGUGUAUCUUAGCAGGUGGUAUAUUGAUACUUACACCUGAUAAUGAUGUCUUUAUCAACCUAUUAUAAUUCUUUAGAUAUGUGUUGUUAUUGUCAAGCAUAAUACCGAUCUCCUUGAGAGUCAAUCUUGACUUCUCUAAAUUGGUAUUUUCAAUGAAGAUCAAUUCCGAUAAAGAUAUAGCUGGAGCCAUGGCAAGGAAUUCCUAAAUUCCUGAAGAAUUGGGAAGAGUGCAUUACAUACUCAGUGAUAAAACAGGUACUCUGACCUAGAAUUGCAUGACAUUCAAGAAAUUAGCAUUGGAAAGCAAUACCUAUACAACCAAGGAUUUGAAUGUUGUUAAUAAAAUAUUGAAGAGAUAAUUUUCAGCUAAUCCUGUUCCUUUGCAUGAUAUCAUAACUGGGAAAACGAAGAGAAAUUCUAGAAGGAAUAAAGAUGUAGUGCUUAGAGAUUUGAUCUAAUGUUUGUCUCUAUGUCACAAUGUCACUCCCAUCAUAGAGGAUGGAAUCAGAUCGUUUUAGGCUAGUAGUCCUGAUGAAAUAGCAUUAGUGUAAAUCAGUGAAUAAAUGGGUAUUUAAUUGAUUUCGAGAAAUGCUGAAUAAAUGGUUAUUUAAACACCUAAUAAGGUUGAAAACUUUAAAAUUGUCUACGAAUUCCCUUUUAGCAGCGAAAGAAAACGAAUGGGAAUUAUUGUUCAAUCUGAUUCAAUCGAUGGAUACUUCUUUUAUCUCAAAGGGGCUGAUUAAAUCAUCAAGAAUAAAGUACCGGAGGUUUAGAGAGGAUUCCUUAUGGACGAGGCAGAAAUGCUUAGCAGAGAGGGAUUACGUACUUUGGUGAUGACAUAGAAAUAUAUAACAUCUGAGGAGUUCAAGAAAUGGCAAGUUGAAUAUGAGGAGGCAAAGUCAUCUAUGGAUGAUAGAGAAAUCAAAGUUAACCAUGCUUUGGAGUAAUUGGAAUAAGGGAUGGAAUUUUUAGGAAUAUCUGGAGUGGAAGAUUUAUUGUAGGAAGAUAUUAAUCAUUGUAUUGAUUAACUGAGGAAUGCAGGUAUUAAGAUUUGGAUGUUGACUGGGGAUAAAGUAGAAACUGCCUAAUGUAUAGCCAUAUCUGCUGGACUCAAAACUCCACAAUAAGAGAUGUUUACUAUCAAAGAAGCUGAUUCUUUAAAUCUUCAGAACCUUUUGAAUUAAUUUUCAGCCAAACACAAUUCAAUCUUGGUAAUAGAUGGAGUUUCAUUGAGUCUUGCCUUUAAUGAUCAUUUCGAUUAAUUUAUGUAUGUAACUAGUAGAGCACCUUGUGUGAUAUGUUGUCGAUGUUCACCUACCCAAAAAGCUUAGGUUGUUGAAGCAAUCAAGAAAAAUACGAAUUAGGUUACCUUGGCCAUAGGUGAUGGAGGAAAUGAUGUAUCUAUGAUAUAGGCAGCAGAUGUAGGGAUUGGAAUAGUUGGGAAGGAAGGGAAGUAGGCAGCAUUGGCCAGCGAUUUUUCGAUAAUGAAAUUUAAGGACUUGUCCACUCUUCUGUUGUGGCAUGGAAGAUUGGCUUAUAAGAGAUCUUCAGUGAUGGCUUAGUUUGUUAUGCAUAGAGGAUUAGUGAUCUCAGUAAUUCAGGCGAUCUUCAGUUUCUUAUUCUAUGGGAUUGCCAUACCCAUAUACAAUGGCUAUUUAAUGCUUGGAUAUGCUACUGUAUUCACAGUGUUGCCAGUGUUCUCUUUGAUCUUCGAUGAAGACAUCACCAAGAACAAGGCUUUAGAAUUCGCGGAACUCUACAAAUCCUUGCAGAAAGGAAGGGAAGUAACAACCAAGACCUUCUUGAUUUGGUUAUGGAAGAGUAUCUAUUAAGGCACUGUGAUUAUGGCUUUAUCCUUCUUGUGUUUUCAGAACACUUUUUUGUAACUUGUAACAGUCACUUUUACAGCUCUGAUAGUGAUAGAAUUACUGAAUGUAAUUACUGAGCUCAAGACCUUCAAAUUCAUUACUUUGGUCAGUUAGUUCAUCUCAAUUAGUUUAUAUUUGUGUUGCAUAUACUUUAUGCGUGAUGUCAUCAAUUUGAGUGAAAUUACAGUCAAUUUUGUUAUGAAUGUGGGAUUGCUCGUACUUGCUAGUUGGUUGCCCUUGCAUCUGGUGGAAAAGGCUAUUCAUAAGUACUAUCCUUCGGAGGCUGAUAAAAUAAUGGAAAAGAUUAAUCAUUGA